AUGGCACGCCAGAUCCACGAGAAGGCAUCCGCCUCUGACUUCGAGGUCGAUUCGCAAGACCUGCAUCUGCGAUCCAAAGUGAAGACCCUUCGCGUCAUCGACAGUGCCAGGGUUGGGCUCACGGUUGUUGCUCUGCUGAUGGGCAUCACUGUCCUGGGCGUCUCGGCGGAUGCCCUGGCCGUCUACGAUUCAACCCAUGUUGGCCGGGACUUCCUCCUGCCUCUCUGGCCUGAUAACUUCAACCUGCGGCCCACCGUCGCCCUCGUCGUCGGCGCCGCCAUCGUCGUCAUCUCCAAUGUCGUGUCUCUGCUCUCCAGCAAGGUCCAGACUGUAAGUCUUCUCACCUCAUCCGCCUCUCUGUAUGAUGCUGGGUGUGGUAUCCUGUGUAGUACUGAUUUUUCCAACCAUGCUUGUCAGCUCCGCAACAACGUCAUGGUCCACACCUCGCUCACUUUUGCCGCGCCCCUGGUCGGCCUGACCGCCGCCCUGAUCGGCAUGAUCUUCUUCUACGCGGUCAACGCCUCGGAGGAGGUCGACACCCUGCUCAGCUGGACGUGCCGGUGGCGCGCCGUCUCCAUGCUCGAGCGCCCGCACUUUGGCACGCUGUGCAAGGAGUCCUGGGCGGGGGUCUACAUGUCCAUCCUGCUCAUCCCCGUCGAGGCGGCCGUCCUGGCCGUCGCCGGCUGGCAGAUGAAGGUCGAGAGGUACACCAACGCGUAUGUCAACGCCAGGAGGACCCCCAGCCCCGUCGCUGCUUAG